GAUUGUAAGUGAUUAGUUGAUUAUUUGUACAAAAAGUGGUGAAUUUAUUGUUACUCUUUUGUUGGUUGACCAUUAGAAGAAACAAAAAUCAACAGAAAACAAUUUGAUUCUUAAGUGAAAACAAUACAAUUAAUCGUCUUAAUUUAAUUUCCUUAAUUAUUUUAGUUCCUUUUUUUUAAUUUUCUCAGUUUUGAUUAUGUUUUUUUAGAUCAAAGUUUCAAAUCAUGUUAUUAGUAUUGUCCAUCUAUAAUUUACUUUUCCUGUGGUCAUCGUUGGUUCCGUCAGUUGAUUGUUCAUCAAAUGGACAAGAUGAGGUUGACAAUCGACAAAAAAUUCAUGAGUUAAUCACUGUUUAUUUGGAGAAACAUGGAAUAGGUAGAAACACCUUCGUAGAGCUAAAUAAUUGUCUCGAUGAUUUAUCCAAGCAAUUAAAGCAACGUGAAGACUUGGUCAAGCAAUUAAAGGCUAAAGUUGAUAAAAUUUGGGUCACCAAUCAAGCGCAAACUUUAAAGACAAAGGUUUUCGUCAAUGGUAACGUAAGAGUACUAAAUAGAUUAACACCUAAAAAUGUGAUCAUCACAAAGGCCUUUGUUGAUGAAAAACGUGGUGAUUAUGAUAAUCUUCAAAGAAGAUUAACUCAAGCAUCCAGAGAUGUUGAUAGAAUCGCCUAUCAGAUUGACCAUCAAGUAGUUCGUAAAGAUAAACCUCAACAAAGGAUCAAUGGAACCAUUCACUUUCUUAGUCCAAUUACUGCCAACAGAAUAACUAUCAAAACGGUCAAGCCAAGUUCCGUUAUUAAUGGAAUAUCUUUAGCGGAAUUAAAGACCAAUGUCCUUCGUCGAGUUGGUAAUCAAACGGUCACCGGCCAUUGGAAAUUCACCUCAACCCUUUUCGUUGACAAUUUAGAGGUUAAAGGGUUACUUUCGGGUAUCGACAUGUCCAAAAUACUGUUAACCAAUUCACCGAUUGAACAAGAGAUCACUGGUCGUUUUAAAAUUGGACAAGCAACCUUGAGGUCACUUAUGUUUGAUUCAAUCAACGGGAUUGAUAAAAAUGAACUUGUUUUUAGAAAAAACUUCCUGUCAACACCAAUAACGGGAUCUAAGAGAUUUACCCAAGUCCUUUCCAUGAACAGUGUAAAUUUAACGGGUAACCUUAAUGGCCGUGAUUGGAAUCAUCUGGUGGCUCGUUCGAUCAACAUUAAUUCACCAAGUCCAAUAAUGACCUCGUUAACAUUUUCCACUGUGCCAACAAUCAAAAAUUUAAACGCUCGCUCAGUGAAUAAUAUAAAUAUAUCUCAUCUGAAAUCUGGACUUACACCUGGAGAGUUGAUAAAAUUAUCGGGCUCUAAAACCUUUCGUAGCCUGAAUGCUGAAAAGGUAAUUUUAAGAGGAAAAUUAAAUGGCCUCUCAGUUCCAGAUGAUCUGGUGACUUUAAGGUCAUUACAAAAUCUUUCUGCACCCAUAACCUUUGAUGGAAGGGUUAGAUUUAUUUCUAAUUUAACCAUUGGUACGAUAAAUGGUGUGGACAUUGUUCGAGAUACAGUUUAUCGUCUAUCAGCUCAACCUCAAAUUGUCCAUGGAACAAAAGUUUUCGAUAACAAUGUUAAAGUUCGCAAUUUAAAGUCAAGAGCAAACAAAUUGAGACACAUCAAUCUCGAUUCUCUUGAUCCAAUGGCAUCUGAUGGAGCACAAUUUUCCCGUCGUAGUAACGUCAUUUACAAGGACAGUUUAACCAUCAAUGGAAAUUUGAAAGUUAAAACAAUCAAUGGUAUCCAAAUAGAUGAUCUGAUAGCCAGGCUAUUUUCCCGUUCUCGUGAUCAAUUUGUUUCCUGGCCUACAAAAUUCAACGGAAGCCUUUCUGUUGGUUCGGUAACCACAAAUACGGUUAAUGGAUUACAAGUUGAAAAAGAUUUAGUUAAAAUAAACACCAAUGGAGCCGAACAAGUGAUCACAGGUCGUAAAGUGUUCAACUCUUUAACCCUUGAUACCGAAAGUGAAUUGAUUAUGAAAGGUCGAUUUAUGAAUGGAAUUGAAUUAAAAUCAAUCGAUACAAUUAAGAAUGACCCUACAAGACGAAAAGACUGUUAUGGUCGGAAGGUUUUCUCUUCGGUUAAAGUUUUGGGAAAUAUUAUCGCUGAAAAAGUCAAUGGAUUGGACUUGGAACGAGAUGUGAUGCUAACCGAUCGACCACAGAACAUAACCGGUAAACUGACCUUUACUUCAAAUGUUAACUCGUACCAAAUAUCAUUCCCUUCUGGCCUCAAGGUUAAUAAGAUAAACGGACAAUCAAUAGAUGAAAAAUUGGAUCAUCUUGUUUUACGUGAUUCACAAUCGGUUACUCUGGAAAACAAAGAUUUCCAUGGUGGUCUAGUCGCCGAUGAGAUUGAUCUUUUAGGAACAAUUAACGGUGUUGAUUUGAAUCAACUUGCCAAUCACGUGGUAAAUCUGGACUCCCCUCAGGCCAUUUACUCGCCGUUACGAUUUGAAGACGAGGUUACAUUUGACAAUCCGAUAAACACUCGUUCGAUCAAUGGUUUUGAUCUUCAGAACAAAUUUUCUUCCAUCAUUGAUUCAGAUAAUAAUCGUAAAAUCACAAUCAAUGGAAAUUUAAAAAUCAAUGGUAACAUAAUCACUGGUCGAUUGAAUAAUCAACCAACAGAGGAACUGAAAAACAUCAUAUUCCAGUCCAAUAUUGAUAAUCGAUUUAAUCGAAAGGUCAUUUUCAACUCAUCAGUGACCAUCGACCAUUUAACUCUUAGCCCAACGGCAACAUUAGACGGUAUUCGGCCUGCUGACCUGAUACCGUUAGACAAGCCAAUUCAGUUAGAUGGACCAAUGAGGAUUCGUGGUAGUGUUCACAUUGACAAUCAGCUGAUUGUCCGCUCUGGAGUAAUCAACAAUUGCUCUCUAAAUGAAAUGACCCUUUUAACUGAGCAUCGAGAUCCAACAAAAGCAUUACUCUUUAAUCAACCAAUUGACUUUAAUCAGCUUAACAUUCUUGGUAAUUUAAGACUAAUCAAAAGUACAAUUAAUGGAGUCGAUGUUAACCAAUUGUCUAAUCAAGUUAGAAUUGUUUCCUCUAAUCAUCAAAGUUUCAAUUCCUCAUUCACCUUUGCUAAUGAUGUUUAUGUUGAUGAACUAUUUAUUUCUGGUCCAAUUAAUGGUGUUGAUUUACAAGCAAUUUAUUCUGAUUGUGUACGAAAAUCAGCUGGACAUCAGAAAAUUACUGGACACAAAGUAUUCAAAUCGCUUCGGAUCAAUAAUGGUGAUGUGACAUUUAAUGGAAAUGUUCAAUUACGUGGUACAAUCAACGGAAUCAAUAUAACCCAAUUAAACGAAAAUCUAAUUAAACCAGGAAGUUUUAAUACUAUUCAUGGAGUGAAAAUUUUCACCUCCAAUCAGCCAAUUGUACUGAACAACAUUGAAUCAUCAUCAUUGAGUGGUGUUGAUUUAAGUAAAUUAGUUUUAACAUCAACUUCAGAAACCUUACCAGAAGAAACAAUAUUCACCAAGCCAAUCGAAGUGGACAAUUUAACAGUUCCAAGUCAUCAUGGUCGACAAUUGACCAAUAAACAAAGUUCCGUUCAAUUUAUGGAUCCAGUUAAUGUCCAGCAAUUAAAAGUUAAACGUAUAAAUGGUAUUCCAAUUGAAAAUUUUGUCUCAACACUUCGUUCAACUCAAUUAAACGGAUCAUAUAUGCUAAAUAAGAUUUACAUUCAUGGUGAUCUAAUUAUGGACCCAAAUUCAACAGUUAACAACGUUGAUUUAUCUGAGAUUAAAGAUCGAUCUGUGGACUUACGAUCACCUAAACCAAUUCCUGGUUUAAUAGUUUUCGCUGGUGAUGCCAAUUUUGAACAAGGAAUCAAAUUAACUCAUGAUAACGUCAAUGGACCUGGUGCUUCAGUGCGACUCGCUAAAUCGCUUGGAAAUACAAGCAAUUGGCUUGAAAUGGACUUGAAACAAUUAGAAAGUGAAUUGCGAAAUCAAACCAUGUUAUUAGCUCGUUAUUCUGCAAAAAUUGAUCCUGGAGAGUUGAAAUUCCAUGAUUUCGAUGUCAUUGAUUAUUUCAACGAUUUCGACAUUGAUACCGAUCGUGUUGAGAAGAUUUCGAUUUCUAAACAUUACUGUUCUGUCGCUGAUAAGUGUAAAUCUAAUCAACAACUUACUCGAACAGUUUAUCUACAAUAUGCUAAUCUAUCUGAUAAUUGUCAACGAAAAACGUCAACAUUUGAAAUCCAAGGGAAUAGUAAACAGUCAUUGAAAGAUGGACUGAUUAAUGCCGAUGGAAAAUAUUUCCCGUUAACAACAUUCUCGAUUGGAGAUGAUGAUUCAAUCAGUGUCUCUGCAUUUACCAAUUUAACUGAUUGUGAAAUUGAUCAAGAAAAUUACGUAUCAACAGUUACGAUUGAUUAUCUGACCAAUGGGUCAGAAAUUUCGGAAACUUAUCGAUUUAAAGAAUUGGAGUUAUUUUCUGAUAUCAAUUAUUUCUUGGAUAAUGAUGAGAUUAUCUUGGUCACUUUGAGAUCAAUUAAAGGAUCACAAUCAAUGGUCAAAAUUUAUCGAUGUGGACAAAGAGCUCUAACUGGUCAGAAACCGUGUAGACUAAUUAGCCGAUUGAAUAAACCGAAUUCAAUUUCAAUGGAAAUGAUCAACUCAUCUAAAUUGAACAAGAAAUUACUGGCAAUCAUGACGAAGCCUUCUGAUUGUUCACAAAACUCAACAAUUUCAAUCUUCGAAUGGAUUAACCAAAAUUUCACUGAAUUGGGAUUAGUAUCAACUCCAAAUCCAUUAACAAUGAAGUUCAUUGAAUAUCCUCAAAGUAAACAAAUUGAUCUAAUUGUUGGUAACAAUUUAGAAACUGGUGUUUGUGCUAAAUCUAAAUCAACUGAGAAUCUUAGUUCAAUGGUUAAUGUUUAUCGAGUUAAUUUUUCACAAGAACGACAAAUUAACUUGCAACAAUCAAUGAAUCUAAAUGUUAAUUCAAUCAGUUCAUUUAUUGUGAGCGAUCAAAUUUACCUCGUCCUAUCAAGUAAAUCAGCUGAUAAAACAUUCAUUUAUCAAUAUGAUCGUAAAUCAGAUCAAUUUAAUCAAUUAAAUCAACAUUAUAUUACCAAAGGAGUUGAUGAUGUUAAUUGUUUCUGGAUUUCACCCAAUCAAUUGUUCAUGAUUGCCACAACCACUGAUCAUCAUAAGGCAAUCAUUUAUCAAGCAUAUUUAACUGGUUUUACUAAUUAACUUUUACCCUUUAAUCAAACCAUUUAACUUUCCCUCUCUCUCUCUCUUAAUCACAAUUAACUUUAAUUCUUGAAAUUAACUUUAUUCAGUUAUUUUCAUUUUCAUUUUUUAAUUAUCAUUGUUAUUUAUUAUUACCAAGCAAAGUUAUUAACUUAAUUACAAAUUUAACCAUAAUUAUAUAAAAAAGUUUAAUUUCUUAAUAAUUGAUUAAUAAAAUUGAAUCUUUAAUUUAAUUUAAA